GUCAUCUCUGAAAAAGAGCUGUAUCCGUGCCCUUCCGUGAGGCACUGUACAGCGUCGAUCGAUGGUGAGAGUUGAAAAGCAGCCCUGUUGCCGAAACACUUUUAGCGGAGUUUGCAAUGUAGUUGUCUGGUCUGUUUUGUAUAAGCCACUCUGGAUGGUAGAAUUUUAAUUGUCAGAGCUUGGUCUUCCUCUGGGACUGUUGCUGUAUACGCAUGAUGAAUUACCCUUCCUGUCGGGUUUUCGGAAGCGCGACUAGGCGCGUUCUGCAUUUCCGCAGCAAGAGCGUAUGCUUGUUUGUGGCGGUGCAGGGGUUUUUGUUGUUGCGACACGCGCACGGGUACCAGAGCGAGCUCGACCAGCGCCAGCACGAUCAGGCUUAUCUCGGAUCGGCGGGCGAAGUUGUGUCCCACCUUGACGCACCUGGCGAGCAUUCUGACCGCCAGUCGAUAAUGUUUUCGGAAAUAAACAACGUCGCACAUACAGAACGAGACCGGGAAAAGCAGGCGAGGCGGCGGAGCGCCUGGCUCUGGAAGAACGAGGUUGUCCGCGCCGUGCGCCGGCGCCAAAAAACCGAGCUGGGCCACGGGGGCGCACGGGAGCAGCACAGCUCAGUCGCAGCGUCAGCCUCCGGUCGUGUUACGGGGGCAGAAGACACAGUUGGUAGUUCUUUAGGUGGAAGCGCAUCAAUUGGGCAACAGAAAAGUAGAACCGCAGCUCUCCUUCAGCGAGAGGAAAUAGGCUAUGCGGACCAGGGCGACGGGGACCCCGGUGCAGGAGAAGUCUUGAACGCCGGCGGGGUGAAAAAUAUCACGCCGCAAAGCCCAGAGCGAGUGACAGCGUCCAGUGAGGCCGGAGAGGAGCACGAAGCUUCCAAAGCGAUUGAUCGGGACGUACUCACGGAGGCACGGACGGGUAAGAUUUGCGUUUAAUUUUGUCUCUGCUCCACAGUGUCUGUGUACUCAAUUAGCAGAAAGUUUUCUUGCGAUCCACUGUUGCAGACCACUCACGAACGACGAGUAUCAUUCGAUCUUUGUGGGAUUGCGACGAGCGCCAUUAGUGCGAGCGUGUGCUCGUUGCUUCAAUCACGCGAAAACUUCGAAUUCGGAGUAGUGCUUCUUAAUGUUAGAACGGCCCUGUACAACUCAGUACUCAAUCUCAGGCGAUAGCGCGACUGCUUCGAACGGCGAUCACCUUGGGCAGGUUUGCCCCUGGAUGCAGAUUGAGUUCCCCCGUCCGAUGGCGGUUACCGAAGUGAAACUCACCGUGAACAUGAACCGUGGGGGGCUCCGGCACUUGUGGUUCCUGAUGCCGUUUGGCGUUGGCAACUACGCCAAUCAGAUUCAGUGGAAGGACACGGAGUGGAACAAAUACGAGCUUCCGGAGAGCGACAUCUCUCUGGACGCUGGGCUCCGGAUCCGGGUGAGUCACAACAAGCGCGUCCGGAGUACCACAUGCGACUACGAUACGCUGGAGACGGACUACUGUGCGGGGCACUCUGCGGGAGCGAUUUGCCCCACGGUGGACCCGAGCAAAGACGAGGUCUGCGAGAUUUUCCGCUAUGAAAAAGACCCCGUGCUCGGGAACGGCGCCGGCUUAGACCGCUUCACGCUGACCGGCGAUCUGGACGAUCGAGGGGACAUGCGCGGCACGGUGGUGAUCGACUGCGAGCUGCGCGAGGGCCAGUUCGUGAUCCUCGAGGCGCUUGGGGUCAAAGCGUCCGACGACAACAUGAUACGGACGCUGGGGGUAGCCGAGUUUGAAGUAUUUGGCACGCAUACCACCACCACGACCGUCGGGACGCCGGCGCCGCCGGAAGAGUCGGCGCUCGUCAGCUCGACCGCUAUCGUCUCGAUUGCGAUCCUAGUGCCCAUCGUGCUCGUGCUCCUUGGGGCGUACGCGCUUCACUUCCUGCAUCCCGAGAAGAAGGCGAACGGAGAGCCGAAAAGUUUUGUUGAUCGCCUGUUUGGGCCCUGCAUGGGGGAAGAUGUGGAGCAGGGCGAGAAGCACGAGACGCUCCUGGCAGGCGGGCACGCGAACAUGCCGAGCAUCAUGAAAAAUAAUGCCGGCGGCGGGCCCGCCGUGUUCGGCGCUGCAAAAUUCGGCCAGGGUGGCGUUUUCGGGCAGAACAAGACUCCCGCGGUUGGCGCGGCCGCUGUUGGGCAUCAGCCUCCGAACGCCGCCAUUGCAGCGGCCGCUGGCAUCGGCGCACGCGGCGGCGCAGGCGGCGGAGCAGGUAAAAGUGACGAUAUUGACUUCGGAAAGUUCCACAUGAAUAUGGCCGGUGACGUGAAGGCCCCCCCGGAAGCGCAGAAGGACAAAGGACUCUUCGAACGAAUCAAGGACUUCUUCCUGUCGUGCUGUAGUUCCGGAAAAAAUGGGGAGUGGGGCGACGACGACUACUAUGGCGACGAGGACUGGGACGGGGAAGAGUGGGACGACGAGUGGGAAGAGGACGACGGCCAGGGCGGCAAGAAGAAAGGCAAGAAGAAGCGCAAAAAGGGCAAAGAUAAAAAGGACGAGAAGUCGACAAAAAAAGGUUCUAAAGCAGGUGCGGCGCCGCCGGAGGAGGACGUGCACGCGCCACAGGAAUACGGCGGCUCAGGGAAGAAGGCGGAUUUUGCGAGUUUCAAAAUCAAAAUGUAGAAGACAAGAUGAGACGACAAUAGAAAACCUGCGCGGUUUCGGGCAUUUUUGUGUUUCCGUUUCGCACACAAUGAAUCAAUGAAUAAGUCGAGAAAAAAUCGAGGACGCGAGGGUACAAGAAG